CUCCGAAACCUCCCACAAAUGGCGGGCUCUUCCUCCCCAACCUGAAACCCCAAACCCUAACCCCCCCAAUCCGGCGACCCCCCUCCACCGCAGCGGCCUCUCCAGCCCCUCGCCGAUGGCGCCGGAGGCGAGGCAACUCAAGGUGCACCUCCGGGAGAACGAGGCGGUCGCGCAAUGCGUCCUGGAGAAGUGGCGCUCGAUGGAGGAGAAGCCGGGCGGCCUCAAGGAGAACCUGGCUCACACGCUCUACAAAUCCUACCGCAACGUCUGCGCCGCCAAGGAGCCCAUCCGAUCCCUCAAGGACCUGUAUCAGAUCAAGGGCGUUGGGAAAUGGGUCAUAAGGCAACUGAAAGGAUCCUUUCCAGAGUCUAGUCCAGAUUUAUCUCCCCCGGAAAGUAAUGCAGCAGGAGAAAAGGGGAAGAAAGCAGGAGGGUCAAAGCGUUAUGUGCCACAGAAGAAUUCUGCUGCUUACGCGAUACUGAUCACGCUCCAUAGGGAAACAAUCAAUGGGAAGAGUCAUAUGAAGAAGCAAGAGCUUAUUGACGCCACUGAAGCAAGUGGCCUGUCACGAAGUGCAAUUGGUCCAGACAAAAGUAAAGCAAAACCAGGGGCUUUUGCAAGUUCUCAGAAGGACUGGUACACUGGAUGGAGCUGCAUGAAAACAUUGACAUCUAAAGGACUGGUUGCAAAGUCCGGUAACCCUGCAAAGUAUAUGAUAACUGAAGAAGGGAAAUCGACUGCUCUUGAAUGUCUCUCAAGGUCUGGGUUAGAUGAUCAUGCAGCACCUUUGGUGAUAAACAGUGCUCCCGACACAUCUAAUGCAAGUCAUAAGUUGAAUAAUAUUUGCAUGACUUCUUUUGUUGAGACAUCAUCCGGACCUUCUAGGGCAAUUGGUAGACCCAAAACAUCUAUUGCCAACCCUGCCACUAAGACAUCACCAGAAGUGACAUAUUUGACAAGUCAAGAAUCACUCAAUUACAACUCUGAUGUUAGAACUGCUGAGAACUGUGCUGAAGAAAUCAUUCUUAGUGACUCAGAUUCUGAAGAAUUAUAUACAGAGAACUAUCCUCUAAUAGGUUCUGAAGAAUUUACUGAGAGGGUUGCCCCUCCAAUAUUGAAUGCAAGCAACUCUGGCAAGACUACUACAAAUUACAGAUUCUCAGACUGUUCAGCUUCUAUUUCUCCUCGUUCGUCUGAAGGAACAUUUGAGAUGCAGUCUUCUAGUACAAUGGGUAUUGCUGAAUUCAAUAUGCUGGACAAUGAUACUGUAUGUAUGGACAAUUCUAUACUAGCCAUGCCACCUCGGCGAUCCAGUAAAAAUUUUCUUGAAGAUUAUGAAGUUGUGUUGAUAUUGGAUGAUCGUGAAAAUUUUGGGGGUCGUUCAAGAAAAACUGUUGAUAACAUACAUUCACAAUUUCGUGUACCUGUAGAGAUAAAGCAUUUGCCUGUUGGGGAUGGUAUUUGGAUUGCUCGUGAUAGAAAGCUUCACACAGAGUAUGUUCUUGAUUUCAUUGUUGAAAGGAAGAAUGUUGCAGAUUUGUGUAGUUCAAUCACAGACAACCGAUACAAAGAUCAGAAGUUAAGGCUCAAGAAAUGUGGCCUAAGGAAGCUGAUAUAUCUGGUUGAAGGUGAUCCAAACCCUCUUGAUACAUCAGAAAGGAUCAAAACUGCCUGCUUCACCACUGAAAUUCUUGAAGGAUUUGAUGUCCAGAGAACCCCUGGGUAUGCUGAGACUGUAAGGACAUAUGGCAACCUUACUCAUUCAAUAACCGAAUACUACAGCACACACUUUUCUACUGGUGCUAAUACUUCUCAAGUUUGCCUGACCUAUGAUGAGUUUACGAAGAAGUGUGAUGACCUUAAGAAGAUAACUGUGAGUGAUGUAUUCGCCCUUCAACUUAUGCAGGUGCCACAAGUGACAGAAGAAGCUGCACUUGCUGUGAUAGGGCUCUAUCCAACUCUUUUCUCACUUGCUAAGGCGUACUCUAUGCUUGAUGGUGAUACCCAUGCCCAAGAGAAGAUGUUGAAGAACAAGAGCACGCUGAUAAAUGCAGGGGCUAGCAGAAACAUAUUCAAGCUUGUCUGGGCUGAAGGAUAAAUUCUUCAGUUUAUUUUCCGAUUAACUGGUUUAACCAUUUUUUUGGUCAUCUUCUUGGUGACUCUGAUGGAUCCACCAGUGAAGCUCCCCAAUUCUCAGUUCUCACUGCAACUCUUUCAUGUCCUGAAGGCAAACGGGGUCCUUUUUUGUGUGCCAAGGUGCCAUGGAACACAACUAACCACCUACAUAGGGACUUUGCAAGUUAGCUUAUCCGCGUAGGUUCACCCCCAUCUAGGUAGACUAAUUAUCUUUUGUAGACUCCAGGUUGUACAAAAUGGAAUUAUCAUGGAACGGGGCCGUUUAGCGUUUCACAUCUGUUUACUCGGUUGCUUGGAUUAUGCGCUGUCUCAUGUUA